GCGCGAGCGGCCUCAGGAGAGCGACACGUCGCGAUACGAUCGAUCCGUCAAAAGCCGUGCAGUAGCGGCACGUAAUCCAAGCGGCGGCGUACCGCGCGAGACCGUCCGCCCGCUGGCGAUGGAGGAAAUGUGUUGCUCGUGACGUCACGGAAUUCCUCCUCGGUGCUGCUGGAGUAAACGGCCGCGAGCACUUGUCAUCGUGCCUUCUUGUUCUCGCGUACUAGCCGAUACCUUCGCGGAUCUUGCGUUCUCUCUCUCUCGAGAAAGGCGAGGAGAGACCCCGGAGGAGGAAGAGAAAGAGAGAGAGAGAGAGAGAAGGAGCGCGCGCGCAUCGGUAUAACGACAGUAAACGCGUCGGGAAACGGAGUAAGCGGAGGCGGAGUGAGAGAGGAAAGUAAGAAGACAGAUAGAGGGGAAAAGGAGAACCGCACGCGGAGGAGCGGUGGAGAACGUGGGCGUUGAGUGAUUGUUGUCGGUGCUAGUUUCCAUCGGGAGUCAUGAGAGACACGAGCGAUAUGAUGGAGGACGCCCUGUCGGAGGACACGAUGAUGGAUUGUGGAGGAGAUAGCGGAGAAGAUAGCGGAGGAUUGGAGGACUUCGUCGACUUAGCCAGUGAUAUCACGGAUAAUUCACGUACAAUACGAGAUGCCGCCGAACGGUUACUGACCUUGUUAGGCAUGGACGAAGACGAUGAGGACCUUCUCUCAUCGGAGGAGGAUGAGGGCGUUGAGGUAGACAUUGACGAGCUCGAGGAGGACGACGAGGAAACGGAUAAUACCAAAUUGUUUCACCAACUCGCCGCCUCCCUAGCCCAGGAGCUCAAAUAUUCCCAGAAACAGUCCUCCUCGACCAGCAGAGCGGCGUAUCAGGAUCAAAGUACGAUGCGCAACGUGGAGAUGCUGCAGGACACGAGCUAUCUCGGCCGCGGUAGCCUUCAGGACCAAGUGGACCAUCCAAAAGCGUCUGUUCGUCAAAACGGUUUCGGUCUCGAUUUGUUCGACGAUCUCGACGAGCGAAACGCGAAUUGCACAAAGUUCACGAAUUUCGGCAACUUCCGCCAGGAAGUCCCGCAUGGUCGGACCUACGAUUCGUCGAGCUUAGAUCGUCGUCUGUGGACGGACGAUCCGGCGGCCACGCAGUCCGCCGGAAAGUCCUCCUUCGGCGACCAGCAGGAGCAGAGUCCCGAUUCCUGGACGGCAGGAUGGGAUGCCUGCGCCACCGAGGCGCUGCGAUACCUCGUCGAGGACGAGGGUCUGCCGCUUCAUCAUCCCACGGUUAUCGCCAUGAAGAAUCACCUGGAUCUGCAGAGGGAGCGGGCGUUCACGCAGUACACCGCGUACACGGACGCCAAGACGCAGGACAUGAGUCUGCUCCUGGAUUGAUGAGGCUCCAAGCAUUAAGGUAGAGAGCGAUUAAAUUUAUUUCCCGCGACUGUGUUCCUCGCUGAGGAAACUUUCGAGAGAGAAAUCUGGGAAUUGAAUUAAUCUUGUUAUUUAAAUAAAGCGAGCGUAAGGACGUGGCGUGUUGUGAAAUCGUUUGCGCAAGACUACUUCGCUUUCUUACAUUUUUCUUCUCCUUCGUCUUCUUUUGAGGAAAUUUUUUUCUUUAAUUUUCUCGAGUCAUAGAGAUUUAUUUAAUGCCAUAAAUAAUUCGACGUUAAUUACUAUUACCGGCUUUUCUUGAUUCUGCUACCUUCUUACAUUGCUGAGAGACGAUUAAUUUGAGUCGUUCGAUAUUACUUUUGUUGAAACAUUACGUUGAUUGUUAAACAUACAUUUUGACUGAAGCGUCAAUUUGGUGCUUGCCCGCAGACGCUGCACGCGCGAGUCGGUUUUACCUUUCGACGAUUACUUAUAAUUUCGAAUAAUAAAGCGUUCAUACGCUGGAUCGAUAUGAACGCCAUUUCCUUUUUGUGACGAGAUGUUCAAAACUAUGAAAUUCGUCAAAAUGAACGUCUUAAUCAAGGAUUAAAAUAUCUCUUUUUUUCUAUUUUCGUUUUUAAGGAGACGGUAGUUAAUUCCUAACGAUAUUUCCCGAGAAGAUGGCUUCGGGCAUCAUUAAGAGAAAAAAAUAUUUCUAGCAGUUAGAAUCGCGAUCGAACUGUAGAGAAACGUCCGGCGAAUCACAACUAGAAUUAUUAUUCUUAAAACAAAUUCCUAGGUUAGCCGUAACUAAAGAGGUCAUCGAAAGAAUUAAAAUACGAUAAGCGGGAUAACAGAAAAAAAGACGUUAAGUAUUUGAUACGAGAGAGAAGUGAGAUAAGCAUCGGUGAUCGCCGACAGAAAAUUUCAGAAUUUUUUUAGAUAUAAUUUUUUUAUACGUCCGAAAUUAUGUUUAUACAAAUAAUAGAAAAUAAAAAUUAUUUGUAAAUUAAAUUUGUUGAUAUACGUUUUUCUUAAGUUGCUCUUAAAGAAUCGAUUUUUGGAAUUGUUGCAUUUUUUUGUCGGCGAUUAUGCGCGAAACGAUUUUUCAGUCGGAUCGUAUACGAAGAAAUUGGCAACAGUGUCGACAAUAGGAAAGAGAAACGUGUUUUAGCCCCGAAAAAUAUUGUAUAUAAUUCGGAUUAGACGAGAGACGACGAGAGCUCAGAGAUUUAGAUAGGAAUUUAUUCGGUCGUAGAUCAAGCGAAACUUUAUUUGUGAAGGAAAUUGUUGGCGUGGAAAUAAUCGGGGUUUCACGAGGAGUCGUUCAUUCAAUUCAGACGGCCUGAAAUGUGUGUCCUCCUUAAUAAUACUAAUAAUAUAAUGGUGGCUUCAUUCGGAGCAAUGCUGUUUAAGCAAACGACGCGCGCGAAAGUGCGCGCGUCGACCGCCCGCGCCGUCUCGACCAUCUGCAGAAAGACUCGUCGCGAAACCUCCAGAAAUUUCCACAUUUUAAUCGUCACUUAGAUCGUACGACGUUAUACCUCGUACACGAGAAAUUGAUCGGGAUUGUGCAUCGAUUGCACGCGUCAACGUUAAAUCGAUCCUGCGAUUAAUAAAACGAGCAUGAGCAAAACGAAACGAGAUAAAUGAAACUGAUCGUCGCCAGUGAUUCAGGAUCGACGAUCGACCUCGAUCGUGCGUCACUUGUCGAGGAGUCAGAUGGACUUUACGUCGUGAUCGAUCGCAUGCGAAGGGGAUCGAGAUUCACGACUGUGAAGCGAAAACGCGGAGAAAUUUCUUUUAAGUGUCCUUUCUUUCGCGCGAUUUUUUUCUUUUUAUGGGAAGCGAUCGACGUUCUUCCCGCCCCGCGACCGAAUAGUAAGCUGUACAUAUGUAUAAUAUAUCGUUUUAACUUAUACACGACUAUUGUUACUUUUACAAUAAAGCUCUGUAGAUAACAUUGACCAGUAAAUAAACGGCCGCUAAAUUAAUUUAAGCCCGUCGUCUCGUUCUCGUCUUCCCUAAGUCCUUAAACUCAAACCUGGUCGCGAAGCGUUCAGUUCUGACUUAUUUAAUGCGCCGCAAAAACUGUACUUUUAGGCAUUUUCUAUAGAAAUCUGAUUUUAAAUUACGUUUCAAUUGGAUAUUUCGAUAAAUCGAAUUCAGGGGCACAACUCGUAAAAUCGAAAUUUUAUCUAAAAUAUUGUUGUACCGAACGUUGUGUGUAUGUGUCACGUUCACAUGAUGAUACAAAUAAAUGAUGUAACACUUUUAUAAUAAAAUGAAAAGUUUUUAAUAAGAUA